UCCGGUCUAGGAGGGAUGAAGACACAGGAGCUAGUAUCCGAUGAGGGUGGUAGUUCAUCAUCCGAGCAGCCUGGAUUCUUUCCCCGUCCCAAUGUCCUACCCUGUGCACCCCCAAUAAACGGUGUCACUGGGAUGACCGUACCCACAUGGGUGCAUCCGACACCUCCCGGUGCCUCCAACGAUCUGUUCGUACAUAUACAGAUGGGAGAGACAUUGAAUAUCCUUGUUGGUAACGAUGUUCAAAACAUCACUGGACCUGCCACUGUACGUAUGGUCGGUGAAUGUGGUAUGUCGCCUUCAGCACUUCCCAUUCAUGUACCUCCUGGGCACGUUAUCCAUCAAAUUAUCGAUGAGCAACAACCUUCACCUCUCUUUAUUUUAUUUUUUUUGCUUGGCUCAAUUGCGACGUCGCUGUUUCUACGACAACGUAGAAACAGCGACGUCGCAAUUGAAUGUGUAAAAUCGUCGCAAUUGAAUGUGUAA